GCUGGGCUUUGCCUCGGCGCCUUGCUGGCACGGUGCUGGUGAGCUUCAGCGCCGACUUGCCACCUGACAUGGAGGAAGACUUUGAUGUGCGAAUCCAAGAGGAGCCUAGCUUUGCGUCGACACUGGUGGACCGGCUGAAUAGUGUGCUCACAGAACUUCCCCAUGCGUCGGAACACCAAAUCCUUUCCAUCCAGAACUUUCAGGCAUGGGUCAAUCGCGGGCAGGCCGUCAAGGAUGGCGAUCCAACCACGGUGGCCGUCACAGCGGUCCCAUUGGGAGAUUUGGAAGAAGCAUCUCGUUCCAGUAUCUCUGAGGUGGUCUUUGGCGCCUGCGUGGGGUCGUGCAUUCUGGGUAUGUGUGUCAGGUCUGUAUGGAAUGUCUGCUCAAGAGGCCGCAAGGUGCUGCCGCAGCCUCCCGACACUUCGAUGCCCUCGCCGGUGUCGCCUGCGGGCGCUGUUCCUGAGCUAUCUGACGCUCCAAAGGCCCAAGGAGACAUGCCGCCAUUGGAGUCGCUGAGAGAUUCGGCACGGGCGGUCCAAGCGCCCCGGUGA